UUUGUUUCAUUUAAAGGUGCAACACUGAACUGAAUCCACAGAUUCAAUGGUUGAGAGUGUACUCUCAGCGUGAAUAUGGUGGAAUCUGCACAUGCUCAGGUCUGAAAUUUGGGCCCAGCUUCCUGUAUCCCAAAGGCUCAUCUUGGUUUGCUCUUCCCAGUGCAGUUUUCUCAUCUUUGUGCUCCGUUUUUUAACCAAAAAUGAAAAUAUGAUCGUCUGAGAACAGGCCGGAUAAGUGAGACAUGACAUCAACCCAAUGAAAUCUGUGCCAAAACAUGGAUUCUUUUUAAACGCAAAUCCACACAGAAGAAAUGUAAUUAAUUGAAACAGGAGAAAUGGCUCACUGGCAGCUAGGUGCGAUCGUCUUCUUCCUUCGGUUCUUCCUAUCUCAUCCACAGUGCAUCUUCUGCACGGAUGAGUGUAAUCAGCUUAAAAGCACAAGCAUUGACUUUGUAAAUAUUUCAAUAAUCUGUGAUCACGAUGCGAACAUAACCAAGUUUGUUGAGGCUAACAACCUUACGAAUCCGAACAGUAUUAAAUUGUUAUAUUCGUCUUUAUUGAAGUCCGGUCUAAGCAAUCUGUCUUCAGCCAAAAUUGUAGAUUUAUCAGGUAAUGGCUUGACUGUUAUUAAUGUAAACAUUUUUCACAAUGUCCAGAGUUUAUGUCUUUCUCACAACAACCUAACGCAGAUCAAGGGGAACCUGAUGAAACUGAAAUUUAUCGAUUUAUCUCAUAAUUUGAUCAGCAAUAUUUCAAAAUGUCCAAUUUUGUCUGGCAACGUUUCAUAUAUAAGUCUGAACAACAAUUUAAUAUCUUCCUUGAACAAUUUUUCAAGUGAUACUUUAGAACAUUUUGACUUAAAAAACAACAAAAUUAAUUUAUUGAGUUUAAACAAAUUUAAAAAACUAAAGAUAUUAGACUUGAGUAAUAAUUUAAUUGCUCAGAUCAGUGCCAACAUCUCACACGAAGUACCAAAAUUAGAGAUAUUAAAUCUUUCAUCAAAUGCUAUUAAGACCCUGGAUAACUACAGUUUUAAUUUAACAAAUCUGUUAAAACUAGAUUUAAAAAAUAACAAAUUAAAGCACUUGUCACCGAAAUGCUUUGUAGGACUGAAUAAACUACAGUUUUUAGAUAUUUCACAAAAUAAAUUAAAAACGGUGUUUCCCAGUACACUCCAAUAUCUUUCUGGUCUCAUACAACUGAUUAUUUCUGAAAAUAAAGACUUUUCAACUCAAGACUUUGGGCUUCUACUUGCAUCAAAGAGAUUAAAAAGUGUCAAUGCUUCAAAUACUAACCAGAAAAAGAUUCCGUCGAGCUUGAUCCGAUCUGUACGAUAUUUAUUCCUUUCAUUUAAUAAUAUAACUCAAAUACAAUGUGGCGAUCUAGACAGCUAUCCUUUGCUAAACAGCCUCGAUCUAUCACACAAUAACAUUAGUUACAUUGAGGAUGACGCGUUAGGCAGAUUAGAAUUGCUUAAGACUAUAAUUCUUAGUUACAACUUCCUCAUAUCGAUACCAUAUACGUUGCCAAAUAAUUUAAAGACUUUGUUAAUUAACAAUAACGUUGUUAAAAAAAUAACGACAACGGAUUUUUCAAGUAUUAUCCAGUUGAAACAAUUAGACCUCUCUAACAACAGAAUAACAACAAUCGCUGAAGGAUCGUUUGCUCAACUUAUUCUUCUUCAGACACUGAACUUAUCAGGAAACAACAUUAAUAUUUUGUCAAGCAGUAUUUUUACAAAUCAAAGAAAUCUGAAAACUUUGGAUUUGAGUAAUCUAAACAAUGUGAUGAAAUGUGAUCAAGUGCUUUGUUUUCCUGUCCCUGAAUCAAACGAACUACAAGAACUCAUACUUAUGAAUAGUCCUGUUCUUGUAAACCGGCUUGUCAAUGAUGCUGCAGCAUUAAAAACAUUUAAGCAGCUGACUAUUUUAAAUCUUGCUUAUGCAAACUUGACAGAACUGCGAAAUGACUUGUUGAACUAUUUUCCAAGGCUUAAGCAGCUAUAUUUGCAGGGUAACGAUUUGAACUGUACUUUAUUACAAUCGACAUAUUUAUGGCUAGAAAUUAAAGAAGUAGACGAUUGUAUUUUUAAGAUGAAUGAAAUCGAAGUGACAACUACAAUCAUGACUGUUGCAGUAAAAAAUAAAGUAAGCAAAGAAUCGACUGUACCUUCUUCAGUGGAGACAAACUUAAAAUCGCCAAAUACAACAAAAACUGAUAUAUUUGCUUCAACUACUAAAGAUUUCUUCAUGGACUUUCAGUUUAAGAACAUUUCCGAAUUUCCUGUACCUCAAAAAAAUGAAGCUUCUAAUAAAGUUGACAUUUGGUACAAAGAAUCUGAUCUGGGAGUUGUAGAUGCCUUUGCCGAUAACACUCCAACCUCCCAUCCAGGGCUGUUUAUUUUAUUAGUUCUUCCAAUAGCUUUGGUAUCGACGUACCUAUGCUGGGCGAUACAUUACUCAAGAUCUAAGAGGCAGUUAGCCAAUGAAAUAAGUCACGAAAUGGACAUUGAAAUAUCAAAUAUAUCGAGUGAACUUUGGUGACCCUUACUAUCAACAUAUAACAAUUAAAAAGUAUUUAUUGUUAAUGUAAAUUAAGCAGAAGAGGAUUGUGCGAAAUAAACAAAUAUUGGAAAUGUUAUUAAGAAAGAUAAAUGUUAAAAGAGAAGAAAUACCUAAUAUGUCCGUAAUGAAUCAUUGUAAUAAGGCAAGACAAUCAUGCCCUACAAAAGAAAAUACAAAUCUAUAUAUUUUUAUUAAACAAGAAAAUAUAAACAAGAGCCAAUUUUUCUAAAAUUUUAAGUAAAUAGAAUGUAAGUUUAACAUUUCCCCCCUCUAAUUUUAAACUGAUGUGACAAAUUGGUUUUAUCGAUCUAUUAAUCAUUGUUUGACAAUAGCUAAUUGUAAAAUUCUAGUAAAAAAUUAUAAAAGUAUUAUUAUAUAUAACAGAAAAAAAAGUGCGCAAAGAAAUAAUGCUUUAUUAUCUAAAAACAUCCAAUUUAAUGUUGAUACUGUAUGUUUUCUAUUUGUUUAUAUAAGUACAAACAAUUUGUAAAUAUUUGUUUUGUUAUAGUACUCAAAAUGUAAAUAGUAUUUAUAAGUCCUAGCGUGUUUUAUAUACAUUUUAAUAUGUAAAUAUUGGUAUGGGAUGAGUGAUAUUUUCAGAUUAAGAAUAAAUGAAAAAAAUUUAAUUUAUAUUUGCUUUU